AUGUCGCAAAUUAUUUUCGGGGCAUCAUGGCUCUCACUCCUGGUGUUGUUGCUAGCAGUGUCUACUGUCAACGCGCUUCCAAUCUACCAGACAGACGAACAGAUGGGAAAAGGACAAGUCGGUAAACUUGAAUCUCGGUCACCGAGGCUUAUUCCAGACACUGAGGAGUACGUCCAUGACAUCCUGCAAGGGCUGGGCCUGACAGAACCAACCCCAACCACAACAUCAACCGCCACGCCCACUGCCACGCCCACUACCAGCAUCAAGAACAAACAGGACCUGGAGGAUCUGGAGGAUAUGAAGCCAACACAAACCACGCACAUCAUCUACUCGAGCUCGACCAGUUACACACCCACUCAUGGCAGCAAUGGGGCGGGAUACACUCAUACCGUGAAACACGAGUACAGCAACAACAGACCGAUCGAGAACAUCCAAGUUGGACAUGGUUGGAACGGGGAUAAGAAAAUUACUGCCGAGGAUUUCCCUGCUGUCUUUGAUGCUGUAUAUAGGGAGCUGGAACAUCGGUUGAAGGACACGAUUAACAGCUCUGAUGAGAUUGGAUUGGAGGACUUCUUGUAA